UUAUGGUUAUAGAUACAAUUUGUUAAGGUUUUUUUCUAUAGAGUUUCAAUGGCGGACACUGCUCAUCAUUUUGGCCAACUCCCUGGCUUUCGAUUCCAUCCCACCGAAGAAGAGCUUCUUGAAUUCUAUCUUAAGCAAAUUGUUUUUGGCAAACGUCGACACUGCUUCGAUGUUAUUGGGUUUCUCAACAUUUACCAACACGACCCUUGGGAUUUACCUGAUUUGGCGAAGAAUGGUGAGAGAGAGUGGUAUUUUUUUGUACCAAGGGAUAAAAAGCACGGCGGCUUUGGCAGCGGAAGGCCGAAUCGGACCACCGGAAUUGGGUACUGGAAAGCCACCGGUUCCGACAGGAGAAUCUUGAGCUUGUCGGAUCCUAUGAGAUUGAUUGGUUUAAGGAAAACUCUUGUUUUCUACAAAGGAAGAGCUCCUAGAGGAACCAAGACUGAUUGGGUCAUGAACGAAUAUCGUCUUCCUGAUCAUUCUUCUCUCCCAAAGGACAUAGUGUUGUGCAAGAUAUACAGAAAAGCAACAUCAUUGAAGGUGUUGGAGCAAAGGGCAGUAGAGGAAGAGACAAAGAACUUACAAAUGAAUAAUAAUGCUACAAUAUUAACAAAUGCUUUAAUGGGUGAAGAAGAACAAGGUGAUGAACAGGACUCAUUUUGCACUCAAAAUAUUCCAAGGCUGAAUACAAGUGAAGUGAUAAUGAAAAAAGAGACAAGUUGUGGGGAUGAUGAGGAAGAAGAAGUAGAUUCGCAGGUGGCUGACGGAGGAUCCUCCUCGUCGACAACGACGUCAAGUUUACAGAUUCCGACAGGGUUCGACAUGCUCACUGAUUUGCAAGUUCCAAAGGUGAACAUGGAUUGGACUCAAGACCAGUUUUGGAACCAAUUCAAUAGUCCAUGGCUUCUCAAUUUCACCUUUCAUAGCAAUAUACUUAAUUUCUAAGAGCCUAAUUUAAUUAUGCUUAAUAACUCUAGUUAUUGUACAUAGCUUCUUUCUAUAUGCUCUCCCCACGCAAUUACUAACUUUAAAAGUGUUUUUCGCUACGGUUGAUGAAAGACAAUAUUUUUUUGUUAAUUAGAGAAAAAAGAGUUUCUCAUGGACAAAUUGAUGUUAAA